UUGUGUGUGUGUGUGUGUGUGUGUGUGUGUGUAUGCUAGCAAAUGUGUACAGUUGAACACCCAGCCUUUCAAGUAUACUCCAUUUGAUGUUGAAUGCAAAGAGAGCUUUAUCUGUGUCCAGUUAAGUUAUGGUUGAUCAACUUUUUUUCACUUUUAUAAACCAAAGCUGAGUUACCUCAUACCUUUUUGCUCAGAUUGACAAGCACGCAUGGUAACAAAAAUAGAGUGGUGCAUGUACAGUACGCUUACACUGUUCUGAUGACACAAAUCACAUCACACACACUGCGCGCUGUUGAUUGUGUACAGGUUAAAAUUGAAGCAUACUUUGGCCUUUACAAUGUAUAAAAAUUCUAAUGUAUGUGUAAUGUUUAAUAUUAUUGUAAGUUGCUGAUGUUUUGAUGAUAGUAAUGUGAUUUUAUUUUUUUGUUUUUAGAUGCCUAAGCUGAAGAGAUUUAGAAUGCGGCGUGAGCCAUUCAACAACAAAAGUAAGGCAGAUGUUUCUAAUUCUGUUGCUUGUGUUUGUCCAGACGUGGUGGGCAUUGUAGCAGCCAAUGAGGUUAGACUGAAGUCUGCAGAGGUGACUGAGGAGUUUGUGGGAGUAGCUUGUAGUAUAGUUUCAGUUGUUAAGCACAAGCUACAUAAUGUGUGUACUUGGCGAAAAUCUGACAUUCAGGACAUACGUAGUGAGGGAAGUAAACUGGUCAAUGACAUGACUAGGUGUAAAAAAAACACUGAGAGUUAUGGAGACUGUCGAUUUUCUCAGUGGUUUGGUGGGCAACAUGACAUUUUCAGUAAAACAUGCAAAGUAACAAUAGAACGAUUAAUGAAUGGAGGAAAAAAUGACUUGUAUGAGAAAUUACAGGAGAUUUUGUUUAGUCAUGAAUCUUGUUUGGUCAACAUAAAAGGAGACACGUGUGCUAUUGUCAGACAUAAUGAUUUCUAUGUUGUUGUUGACUGUAAUGUCCGAAACGCAUGUGGUUUGGGAUCAGACAUUGGAACUGCAGUUGUUGUUUUCAACACAAAUUGGCAUGACCUAUUUUUGCACAUUGAUAAUUUAAUGACAAGUCUGAAUGCAGAAAACUUUAGUAUAUGUGGCAUUAAUGUCAAAUUUACGUCAUCAGAUACACCACGAUUAGUUUACAAUGAUACUGUUGGAGAAAAGAGUGUAUGUACACCAAAUGAGACAGAAGAGAUCUCAGCUUCUACAAUAAAGCAAAGAGAAAGUGUUAGUAGCAUUCUUGGAUCAUUUCAUCAGGGUGACCGUAAGUUCAAGUGGCCAGGGAAACAGUGUGUUGCGAUUAGUUUGGCUGCUAUAGCGAUGCACAGUGUACAUAGUGUGUUCUCAUGGCAAAGUAAAGAUCUAGAUAAUGUUGUAAAUACUGGCGAUAGCUUGUAUUCUAGUUUGCGUCAAAGUGGUUUAAUCAGUGAUCCAACAAAGAAAAACUUGCUGUGUAUACAAGAUCUUCCUAAAGAGUAUGUUUUUGGUACAAAUGCAUUCAAAUUUGAAUAUGCUGAUUUUGUUUCUGGACAUGUAGAUGUGGUUGAUGGAGAUUUUAUUAGAUCUGGUGCAUGUGUGACAUUAGCUGAUGGUUUGCAAACAAUGUUUGAAAAAUAUGACACAUGCUUUUUUACCUUAAAUGGCAGUACUUUUGCCAUCAUUAAGGGAAAUUGUAAAUUUGCUGUGGUUGAUUCUCAUGCACGUAACAGUGCUGGGAUGGUUGAUGGUAAUGGAUUUAGUGUGGCUGUAUAUUACAAUUCACUUAGUUGUGUUUUGAAGCACAUUGAAAAUUUGUCUGUAUUCACUAGAAGAAACCAAAACAUUUUUGAAAUAAGUGGGGUCUGUGUCCUACUUAAAAGCCAAGAAAACUCUGCUAGUCACACAGAAAACAUAAAUGACGAAAGUGAAAAAACGACCCGCAGGGGUAAAAAAAGAAUGCAUGAUUGUAUAAAUGUGAAUGUGGAAGAAGAGAAAGAAACUGUGGUUACUAAGAAGCCAAAACAAUCAAUAAAGGAGAGCGCUAAAGUACUUGAAACAAUUUCCAAAAUUGAUGCAAAUUCAGAUGAUGUAGUUUGUUUGGGCAAUGAGACAAAUAGGAUUUUUAAUUUCAAUCCACUGUGUACUGAAGUAAAGCAAAAAUUAAGUAGUAAACUAAAUAUAGAGUUUAAUAGUGAAAAUUUAGGUUUUCCAAGAAACAACAGAAAAAUUGGCCAUCCUUGUAAAACAGUUAGUAUUGUAGGUGAUGGAAGUUGUUUUUUUAGGGCAGUGGCACAAGUAAUAUGUGGUACGCAAAAACCUCAUCGGGCAGUUAGACUUGCAGUUGUGAAACAUAUGGAAUUGCACAGUGUGCAAUAUAAGAAUCUUUUAAGAUGUCAGUAUGUAUCUAUGGAAGAUUAUUUAUCUAAAUCCAAAAUGAGGUUUGUAGGAUCAUGGGCCACAGAAUUGGAGAUUCAAGCGAUGGCUAAUUAUUUGGGAGUGGAUAUUUAUACAUAUCAUAAUGAAAAAUGGUUACAGUACAGUUGUAUGCAUGAAAGAACGUGCAAUCAAGGUAUAUAUCUACAGCACUGUAAUGAGAAUCAUUAUGAAGUUGUUAUUUGUGUGAAACAACCUAAUAGCCAGAUGUGUUAUAUGCUGUGCCAGAAUGAAGAAAGUGAUGUUGGAAAACACAUUUGUACCAGACAGCGAGUAAAAAUUCAAAGUGAAAUUUCUGUGAAUCAUAAGGAACAAAAUCCUGUUACUGGAGAUAUAAAGAAUGAUGCAUCUGCUAAUAAGAGGAAAUACUUGAAAAGGUAUUUUUCAUUAAAAAGAGUAAAGAACAAAAUUAAAGGCCAAAUUAAGCAACCUGUUUUGGAGAAGUAUCAUUGCAAUGCAGAGUUUCAGAAUCAUAUGAAAAAUCUCAAUAGGAAAAGAUAUCACAGCAAUCCUUUAUAUAAAGAGUCAUUAAAACAGGCAAGUAAGAUCAAAUAUGCUGAAAACCAGCAACAUAAGUGUAAAGUCAAUGAGUACAAUCGAGUGAAGUAUAAAAAGAAUGAGCAAUAUAAAAUGAGAGUGAGGAAAUACAGUAGGAUAAAAUACCAGAACAAUGUUCAAUUUAAAAACAGAGUGAAAACAUUCAGUAAGGUGAAAUAUCAUGUCAAUGAUGAAUUUAAAAACAGAGUGAAAACAUUCAGUAAGGUGAAAUAUCAUGUCAAUGAUGAAUUUAAAAACAGAGUGAAAACAUUCAGUAAGGUGAAAUAUCAUGUCAAUGAUGAAUUUAAAAACAGAGUGAAGACAUUCAGUAGGGUGAAAUAUCAUGUCAAUGAGGGAUUUAAAAAUAGAAUGAAAACAUUCAGUAGGGUGAAAUACCAUGGCAAUGACCAGCAUAGAAACACUGUCAAGCAGCGCAGUAACGUAAAAUAUCGUAAUAGUGCAUCACAUAAAGAAAAUGUAAAAAGAAUUAACAAGAUGAAAAGAGAACAAUUAAGACAAAAUCAGAAGAUUUGUGAUUUUGUCAAAAAGACGUUUCUAGAUAAAGUUAGUUCUGGGCCAGAAUUUGUUUGUUGUGUUUGCCACCGGCUGUUAUUUAAACAGCAAGUAUUAUGCUGUAAAACAGAAAAUUAUAACACAAAUUCAGCAGUGUCACAGAUGGCAAAAAAAUGUAUUACAAAACAUUUUUUGCAUAAGUGUGGUGAAAAUUGUGUUAUUCCCUGUGAACUGGCAGAUUCAUGUAAAGGCAAGCUUUGGAUUUGCUUCACUUGUCAUACUAAAGUAAAAAAAGGAGAAAUGCCAGCUGAAAGUGCAGUUAACAAUUUAGAAUUGAAACCUAUACCUGAAGAACUAAGUUGUCUCAAUAAUUUAGAGCAACAUUUGAUAGCUUUGCAUAUCCCAUUCAUGAAAAUGUUAGCUUUACCAAAAGGUGGGCAAAAUGGAGUGCACGGUCCUAUUAGUUGCGUGGCAGCUGAUAUUAAACAAACAACAAAUGUUUUGCCUAGAACAGAAAAUGAAGGGUCUUUAAUUUGUGUAAAGUUAAAACGGAAGUUGACAUAUAAAGGUCAUUAUAAGUAUCAGUAUGUGGACACAACAAAUAUUAAACAGGCACUCAGUUGCUUAAAAAAAAUCAACAAAUACUAUACAGAUAUUGUUUUUAAUGAUAAUUGGUUAAAUGAGUUUAUUAGACAAGAUGAUGAUGACGAUACAAACAACAUGGAGGAGACUGAACUGGAAAACACAAAUGUUGAUGAGGAGUUACACGAUAGGCAACAGCACUGUGUGUUUAUGGACACUUGUUUGCAACCUGUAGAUAUUGGACAAGAAGUACUUGAUCAGUAUUUUGAUGGAAUCUUGAGCCUGGCUCCUGCCGAAGGGAAUAAUCCAGUGAAAAUGCUUGCAGAUGAGACAAAUGAAGCUAAAUGUUUUCCUGUUUUGUUUCCUAAUGGUACUUCAACUUUUUGUGAUAAAAGGGCACAGAGAUUAACAUUGUCUCGAUAUUUUAAUAAUCGAAUUUUGCAUGCAGAUGGUAGAUUUGCACAAAAUAUUGAAUACAUUUUUUAUGCACAGUAUCUAUCAGAAAUACAACAGGUACUGUCUAAUGUAUCUAUUGCUUUAAGAAAAGGCCAUGGAUGUAGUAAGUCCAUACCAAGUGAAAUGUUCAAAGAUACUGAGUCCUUGAGGCAAGUGCUUAAUUAUGAUGAAGGCUAUAGAUUUUUGAAGCCCAUCCGUGGCACUCCGGCAUUUUGGCAAGGUGUGCAAAAAGAUUUGUUUGCCAUGGUCAGACAACUUGGCAUUCCCACCUGGUUUUGCUCCUUCUCAUCUGCUGAUAUGAGAUGGACAAAUCUAAUGUCAAGUAUUUUAAAACAUGAAGGAAGAAAAACAGCAUUAGAACAAUUACAAUGGGAUGAAAAAUGUGAACUUUUGCGUCGUAAUCCUGUAACAGCAGCUCGCAUGUUUGAUUUUAGGUGGCAUUGUUUUUUAAAAGAGGUGCUUAUGUCUCCUGUUCAGCCCAUAGGGGAAAUUGUGGACUACUUUUAUAGGGUGGAAUUUCAACAACGUGGUUCUCCCCAUGUCCAUUGCUUGUUCUGGAUAAAAAAUGCUCCACAAAUAGAUAAGAAUUCUGAUGAAGAAGUUGUGAAAUUUAUAGAUAAAUAUGUUACAUGCGAGAUGCCCUGUGAAGACGAUGAACUGCAGAGUGUUGUAACAUCCGUACAGUGUCACAGUAAACGUCAUUCCAAAACGUGUAAAAAGAAAAACACAGUUUGUCGCUUUAAUUUUCCCAAACCACCAUCUAUGCAAACAUUUAUUUGUCGCAGAAAAUUAGAAGAUGAGAAAAACUUGUCCAACAAAGGUGAUAGUCAAAGUGAAAGUAAAAGUACAAUUGUAGAUGAUAACACACAGGUAGAAUUUGCUCGAAACAUAAUGACUGCAGUUAAGAAAGCUAUUUCAGAAGAGCAGUUCAGUUCUUUAGAAACUUUGUUUCAUAGUGUUGGAAUAAAUCAGGAAUUAUUUGAAAUGGCUAAAUGCAUUAAUAAUAGCACACACAUUGUCUUGAAACGACAAUUGCAUGAAGUAUGGGUAAAUCAAUAUAACAAAUUUAGCCUUAAGUGUUGGAAUGCUAAUAUGGACAUUCAGUAUGUAACAGAUGCUUAUGCUUGCAUAGUUUAUAUAAUUUCAUAUAUUUCAAAGUCAGAACGUGAAAUGGGUUUACUGUUAGCUAAUGCUCAGCGAGAAUCAGCAACUCAGGGUAAUUUAGAUGCAAGACAAGCUUUGAGGAAACUAGGAAGUGUGUACUUACAUAAUCGUGAAGUUAGUGCACAAGAAGCAGUUUAUAGGUUAACAAACAUGCAUUUAAAAGAGUGUUCGAGACAUGUUCAGUUCAUUCCUACAGGUGAAGAUACUGUACGAAUGAGUUUGCCUCUGAGUGUAAUACAAAACAAGUUGCAAUCUCAGAAUCUAAAAAGUGAAGAGAUGUGGAUGUCAAGUUUUGUUGAUCGCUAUAAGAAUAGGCCAAAUCAAAGCAUUUUUGAAGAUAUGUGUUUGGCCACAUUUGCGUCUGAAUAUCGCGUUGUAUACAAAGGUCAAUCUUGCGCUAAUAAAAUUAGGUUGGAAAAUAAUUUUGGUUUUAUAGUAAAAAGAACUCGUACUCAGCCUGCUGUUGUGCGUUUUGCUCGAUUUUCAAUAACAAAGAAUCCAGAAAAAUUUUAUCUCAGUGUAUUACAAUUGUUUCUUCCUUAUCAUAGAGAUAGUCAGUUAAAACCAGACCAGUAUUGUAAUUAUGAACAUUUUUAUAAAGAAGGGAAUGUUCGUUUUAGUGAUGGGUCUGUACACUUGGUUAAAAAUAUAGUGGACACAAAUAGAGCACUUUUUGAAAAGGAUGCAGAUGUCUUAGAUAAUGCACAAACUGCUGUUGAUAAUGAGGGCAUAUUAGAAGAUGCAUGGUGUUCACUUUGUCCUGAACAGCAAUUAGAACGUAUGGAAUGUAUACAGCUUAGACGUGAGACUGACCAGCAAGGUGAAGAAUAUGAAAGUGGUAUACCAGAUUUAGCAAAUGAUGAUGGGCCUGUGUCUCAAAUUGAGAAAAAGGACUAUAGUCUGAGUCGCUCAGAUGGGUUGAGCUUAAUUCGCUCUUUAAACAAAACCCAGAUAUCUGUUUUCUAUAAAAUUAGACAAUGGUGUUUAAGUAAAAUCAGAGGUGAAAACCCUAAACCUUUUCAUGUUUUCAUUACCGGUGGAGCAGGAACUGGCAAAAGCCAUUUAAUUAAAGCAAUACAAUAUGAAGCGACAAGAUUAUUGUCUCAAAUUGCUUUGUACCCAGAUGACGUGUCUGUUGUAUUAACUGCUCCAACUGGAAUUGCUGCUUUCCAAUUAAUGGCUUCUACUAUACAUCAUACGUUUUCCAUUGGCACAAAUGUGAAGUUGCCAUACACUCCUUUGGGAGAAGAGAAAUUAAAUUCUUUGCGAGCAAAAUUCCAUGGACUUCAGAUUUUAAUUAUAGAUGAGAUCUCAAUGGUAGAUCAUAAACUGUUGUCAUACAUUCAUGGAAGAUUACGUCAAAUUAAACAAACUGGAGACUUCUCUCCUUUUGGUAAUGUUUGUGUUAUAGCAGUUGGGGAUUUUUUCCAAUUGCCACCGGUUAAGGGUAAACCAUUAUAUACGGAAGUGCCAGGACUCGGACUGUGGUCUAAUUGUUUUACUGUUGUAGAGUUAACACAGGUAAUAAGGCAAAAAGACAGCAAAUUUGCUGAAUUAUUAAACCGUUUAAGGAAACGAAGUAAAAAGUAUCCACUGAGCAAAGAAGAUUUGGAGAUGUUAAGAAAAUGUGAAACAGGUGAGGAUGAUUUUACUCCUUUACACAUUUUUGCUACAAACGAUGAAGUACAUGAGCACAACCUAAAGCAGUUAAUUAAUAUCUGCUCAGAGGUUGAAACCAUAGAGGCAGAAGAUUUUGCCCGUAGUAAGAAGACUGGCAAGGUAGAGUUAAUUGCUGGUCAUCAUAUAAAGGUUUACAAUACGUGCUUGCCAGCAAAGUUGCUUUUAGGCAUACAUGCACGUGUCAUGUUGAUAAAAAAUAUUGAUGUAAAUGAUGGCUUAGUUAAUGGCGUUUGUGGCACAGUAACACACAUUGUGCGUACUAAUAAAAAUAAGUUACCUGAAACUGUGUACAUCCAUUUUGAUGAUAGUCAUGUGGGAUUUAAAAGACGUAAACAAUGUUUGGCUGAGCCAGCAAAAUUGUUUAACUCAACUCCUAUAUAUGUAGAAGAGGAAAAUGCAUGCAGGAACGGUGGUUUUCGCCGCCAGUUUCCUUUGAAAUUGGCUUGGGCAUGCACAGUCCAUAAAGUACAGGGUUUAACUGUUGAUUGUGCUGUUGUUAAUUUAAAAAAUGUUUUUGCAGCUGGCCAGGCUUAUGUAGCACUGAGUAGAGUAAGAAAUUUGUCUGGCUUGACUAUUAAAGACUUUAAUGAAAAAAGUAUUUAUUGUAAUGAGAAACUUUUUGAAGCGGUACAAGAAAUGCCAUGUUUUGUGGUACACGAUGAGUUAUAUUUGACAGCACAACACAGCUCUUUUUCAAUAUUUAUGUUGAACGUACAGAGUUUGCGCUGUCAUAAACAAGAUCUGAAUGUUUGUGUUCAACAGUUAAGACCAUCAUGUAUUGCUUUAACUGAAACAUGGCUGCCUGAAUCCUAUCCUGAAAAUGUGCAAUUGGAAAACUACACAUUUGUGGGUCUUUCUCGUUGUGCAGCAUACACAAGCAACUGUCCCCCUUUCAAGGAUUUGAAAGCACAACAACAUGGUGGAGUUGGAUUAUAUACAGCAUACGGUGUAGCAAAUACUACUGUAACAUUUCCAAAUCUUAAUUUGGAAUGCUUGUUAACACACUUCACUGAAAAGGACAUAUUGGUUGGUGUUAUUUACAGGCCUUCAACAUACCCUUUGUCUGUUUUUAAACAAAACAUAGACAAGUUGAUUAAUUUAGUAUCAACAAUUUGCAAUAAAGUUGUGCUUGUAGGUGAUUUUAAUAAUGAUGCAUUAAAGUCCCAAUCCCUCUGCACUUUCAUGGCAGACAAGGGAUAUAUUCAACAUGUUAAAGAACCAACAACUGAGAAAGGAACCUUAAUUGACCAUGUGUAUGUAAAAAACAUUGACAUUUUUUCAGUUAACACAAGUGUUGUGCCUGUUUACUUUAGCACACAUGAAGGUGUUUUUUGUUCCUUUGAAGACAUGCACAUUUAAAUUUGUUGGAAAACUUAUCAUAUGUAUAGCUUAUGAGUUAAAUGACAAUUUAAACCUGUUGUUUUAAUCUUAUUAUUUUUGAUUAAGUCAUGAUUUGACUAAAUACAGUUCUGGUUAUUGAUAGAAGAAACAAAUUCCAUGAUGAAACAGGUUUUCUCUUAUUAAAGUUAAAAAAAAAAAUCAUGCAUGUUCAUUGCAUUAUAAAUAUCCAGAUUACUGCAUGAGAACAUUGCUAGAUUGUUAUUUUAUUGUUAUGUAAUCUUUAUUGGUUAAAUGAAUUUCUGUUUACUUGGUGAAAGAAACAAGCACCAUAUGAUGAAGGAGCUUAUCUCUUAUCAUCUGGAUCCUUUGUAAGCUGGUACCUCCAAAAAAAAAUUAAAUAAUAAUUAAAAAUAAUAAAUAAAUCAGUGUUUUGUUUUGUUCAUUUUAUUUUAAAUAUCCACAUUACUACAUAAGACCAUUACUUGGUUGCCAUUUAAUUCGUAUGUGCUCCUCUUUAUCAGUUAAAUUAAGUUCUGGUUGCUUGGUGAAAGAAAAAAGGAACAUGAUGAAAGAGCUUAUCUCUUAUCUUCUGUAUCCUUGGUAAGCCAGUAUCAGGACUUUGUUGUAUUUUAAGUGACCACAUUACUGUAUGAAAACAUUACUAGUAUAAGAAUCCCACUCCAAAAAAAAAAAAAAAAACAUAAAAAAAACAAGUGCUUUGUUUUGUCCAUUGUAUUAUAAAUGUCCACAUUACCGGAUGAGAACAUUACUGGGUUGCUAUUUCAUUCUUAUGUGUUCCUCUUUAUCGAUUAACUUAAGUUCUGGUUGUUUGGUGAAAGAAAAAAGGAACAUGAUGAAAGAGCUUCUCUCUUAUCUUCUGUAUCCUUGGUAAGCCAGUAUCAGAACUUUGUUGUAUUUUAAGUGACCACAUUACUGUAUGAAAACAUUACUAGUAUAAGAAUCCCACUCCAAAAAAAAAAAAAAAACUUAAAAAAAACAGUGCUUUGUUUUGUCCAUUGUAUUAUAAAUGUCCACAUUACCGGAUGAGAACAUUAUUGGGUUGCCAUUUAAUUCGUAUGUGCUCCUCUUUAUCGAUUAACUUAAGUUCUGGUUGUUUGGUGAAAGAAGAUGCUUUGUUUUGUCCAUUGUAUUAUAAAUGUCCACAUUACCGAAUGAGAACAUUAUUGGGUUGCCAUUUAAUUCGUAUGUGCUCCUCUUUAUCAGUUAAAUUAAGUUCUGGUUGCUUGGUGAAAGAAAAAAGGAACAUGAUGAAAGAGCUUAUCUCUUAUCUUCUGUAUCCUUGAUAAGCCAGUAUCAGAACUUUGUUGUAUUUAGGUGUCCAUAUUACUGUAUGAAAACAUUACUAGUAUAAGAAUCCCAUAAAAAAAAGAAGAAAAAAAAAAAGAAAAGAAAAUUGGUGUUUUUGUCCUCUGUAUUAUAAAUGUCCACAUUAAAGCAUGAGAACAUUACUGGGUUGCUAUUUCAUUCUUAUGUGUUCCUCUUUAUCGAUUAACUUAAGUUCUGGUUGUCUGGUGAAAGAAAAAAGGAACAUGAUGAAAGAGCUUAUCUCUUAUCUUCUGUAUCCUUGGUAAGCCAGUAUCAGGACUUUGUUGUAUUUUAAGUGACCACAUUACUGUAUGAAAACAUUACUAGUAUAAGAAUCCCACUCCAAAAAAAAAAAAAAAAAAAAACAUAAAAAAAACAA